AUGGCUCUGACAAUGUUCACACGUUCUGUAAAUAUACGAAAUGUAAUGAAGUUGAACAACAUUAGUGCAGUUGGAGGCACACUAAAUGUCAAGCAACAUUUGAAUGUAUCACAUAAAUCUUACACUGUCUCUGUUGAGAAUGUUAACAAAAUACUUGGUGAUACAUCUGGGAAAAAAUCAGAGAAAGGAAUGAAUAAAGUUAUGAGACUGUAUUUACAGAGAUCUAGAGAAUAUCAGGAAUUCGUGGAAAAAGAAAUAGUUAAAUAUGAUUUAGGAAAACGACAUUUAGCUAAUAUGAUGGGCGAAGAUCCUGAUCAGUUUAGCGAUGAUCAAAUUACUAAAUCAAUAGAAUAUUUGUUACCUUCUGGUUUAUAUGAUUGGCGAGCACGUCCUAUGAUGAUACAUCCAAAUAAAUUAUUUGAAAAAAGGAAAGAAGCACAAUUUGAUGAAAGUGGUAGACCAUUUCAUUUUUUGUUCUAUACAUGCAAACCUAAUUAUUACAGUAUACUUUACGACAUUGCAGACUCAAUAAGAUAUUUAAAUAGAAUAGAAGACAUGAAAAUUGCUACACGUGGAGUACCCUCCAGCCAGGACAAAUUUAAUGCGGUGGGUACAGAUUGGUUUACAAAAGAGGAACUUGAAUCUAGUGUAAUGGAAGUGCUUAAGACAGCAGAUUAUGAAUACUUUGUUAAAAGUUUCAAUAGAGUGAUUGAGCAUCCCAUGUCACAUUACAAAUAUGAUUUUAUUAUGAAAUAUAGAAAUAAAUUGAAAGUAAUUACCCAAAGUACAGAACUUCCACCUAUGGAAUAUGAUAGCAAUGACAGACCUUUUGUUUUAAUUAAAAACUGUAAGAGGAAAAAUGCACACGGCGAUGUUAAAGUGCUAGGUGAUGGAUCUGGAAAGUUUACUAUUAAUGGACAAGAUCUUACAUACUUUCAGAAUGUCUUACACCGUGAACAGUUGCUUACAGUAUUCGAUAGCUAA